AUGACAUGUACCCACCUGGACGUAGAAGAAACAAUUGAAAAGUCAUCUGGGAUAAUAAAUAAAAUAGAAGAAGCAGAAAGAACAGGAAUGCAAUUAGGAUGCACAAUCUGUAAAAGUACUUUUUCCCAGGAGGUCUGCAUUGACUGCAAUUCUGUCUUUUGCAGGGCAGGAGGACACGUGGAAAUGCACUGGAAAGAGAGCUGGCAUAAAAGCUAUUUUGUACCUCAAUUUAUAUCUGUAUCUUGUGAGGAAUGUGCAGAGUAUGUUGUUAUUCCGGAUAUAAGAAGAAUGACAGUUAAAAAUUCACAAAAAUUACCUGAAAAUAUGCAGGGUUUAAACCUUAAUUGGGUAAAGGGAUUCCUGAACCUAAAAAGAACCUGCUACAUGAGUAGUUUAUUGCAGUCAAUACUUUCCUUAAAGCCAUUUAUAAAGAACUUAUUAGAGAUAUCUCAUGUACUACAGAACUGCAAGAAGAAAGAGUGUAUUCUUUGUGCUCUUAACAGGAUUCUCCUUCAGAUGUACAAUAAUUCUGACGGUUACGUUGAUAUUUCUGAGCUUCUUAAAAUAUUCUGGAAUAAUACGCCUGCUUUUGCUAAGAGUGAGUACCAAGACGUACAAGAAUUCUUUAUGUUUUUGAGCUCACAGAUCCAUGGGAGUGUAAAGUGUACUCCAGGAUUAGAAAAGUGCGCAAUUCAUGGGACAUUUGGGGGAACUUUUUUGUCAACGAUAAAAUGCACCUGCUCAAGGAAGGAAGAGACAAAAGAGCCAUUUACCUCGAUAAGCAUGAAUAUUUUUGGAAGUUCAUUAGAAAGUACACUGGAAAGGUACUUUCAGGAAGAGGCAGUCAGUAUACGCAAGGAAUGUUCAUGCGGUAAUUCUGAAAAAUACGUUAAAAAAGUGGAAAUAUCAGAGGUACCAAGCGUACUGUGCCUGCACCUAAAGAGGUACCAGGUGCAUAAUAAAACUGUUUCAAAAAUAGACACAAUUAUAACGUACCCAGAAGUACUUGAAGUAGCAGGAAAGACAUUUACGCUUUUCUCAGUGAUCAUGCACAGUGGAGAGAUGGAUUCAGGCCACUACAUAGCAUAUACUAGGCGUAAUAGUCAAUGGUACCUCACAAAUGAUGAAGAAAUAAUUCGUGUUUCUUUGGUUGACCUUCUGAAUAAGCCUGUCUAUAUACUGUUCUAUGCGCAAAAUGAAUAA